AUGCCAGGUCAAGAAAGUGGUUGCGUGACAAAGCGCUUACAGAAUGAGCUGCUACAGCUACUUAGUUCUACAACAGAAAGUAUUAGUGCGUUUCCUGUAGACGAUGAUGAUUUAACAUAUUGGGUAGGUUAUAUUACAGGCCCUGAAGAAACACCUUAUAGUGACCUUAGAUUCAAGAUUUCAUUAAACUUUUCUCAAAACUAUCCUUUCCACCCGCCAAAGGUGAAAUUCCUGAGUCCAAUGUGGCAUCCAAACGUGGAUAAAAGUGGCAACAUUUGUUUGGAUAUUUUGAAAGAGAAAUGGUCCGCAGUGUAUAACGUAGAAACAAUCCUGUUGUCAUUGCAAUCCUUACUAGGUGAACCAAAUAACAGAUCUCCACUGAAUGCUGUGGCAGCGGAGCUUUGGGAUACAGAUAUGGAGGAAUACAGAAAAAAGGUUCUGAUCUGUUAUGAAGAAAUCGACGAUUGCUGA